AAACGCACAAACAGUAACUACCCCACUCCAAAACGACACAUCACAUUCUCCCUCCCUCCUUCAUUCCCCACAUUCCAAUUUCAAAUCCCAUUCCCUUAACAAAUUCCCUUCCCGUAAAUUACAGAUUCAAUCAAAAAACAAGGAGAGCUGGAUCCACUACAGGACCCAGCGCAUUCCUUGAAGGCGACCGCCGCUUCCGCCUCCACCACUACCUCCGUCACCGUCGCAUCCAACGGCCAGAUCCGUUACCGUUCCCCUUCCUCCACCGAGCUUCUCGAGGCCUAUUCCGCCUCCGCCAAUAACCCCUCCUCCGCCGACGGAGCCUCCGCCACUUCUCCCACUCACGACAACAUGAAGCGUCCGAUGGUGCCGCGCUAUGAGUCGCUGUCUGAUAAGAUCCACCGGCACCGGAGCUUGUUGUUAGUGGUUUCGAUACCUGUUAUGUUGAUUUUGUUUGUUUUAUUUGUUAUGCCGAGUCGAUCGCCGAGUGCUGUUGUGAAGGAAUACGAGUUAGAUAAUUUAAAUAGGAAAAUGUCGCCGGCGUUGAGAGGUGGGAGGAGAUAUGCGGUUAUUUUUGAUGCCGGAAGCUCCGGUAGUAGAGUUCAUGUUUAUUGUUUUGAUAAGAAUAUGGAUCUUGUUCCCAUGGGUAAAGAUCUCGAGCUUUUUGUUCAGAUUAAAGGAGGGUUGAGCGCGUAUGCAAGUGACCCACAAGCUGCAGCUAAUUCGCUUUUUCCGUUGCUUGAUAAGGCAGAAAGUGUUGUCCCUAAAGAUCAACGGCCGACUACUCCUGUCAGAGUUGGGGCUACUGCUGGUUUAAGGGCAUUGGGUGUUGAUGCAUCAGAUAGAAUAUUAGAUUCAGUUAGGGAUCUCCUGAGAGAUAGGAGUCACCUGAAAUUCGAGGAUGAUGGAGUUACUGUUCUUGAUGGUUCUCAAGAAGGUUCUUAUGAAUGGGUGACAAUAAAUUAUCUAUUAGGAAAUUUGGGCAAGUCGUAUUCAGAUACAGUUGGAGUGGUUGAUCUGGGUGGUGGAUCUGUUCAAAUGGCAUAUGCUAUCUCUAAGGCAGAUGCUGCAAAGGCCCCAAGGGUAUCAGAUGGAGAGGAUACAUAUGUAAAAGAAAUGCAUUUGAUGAAUACUGAUUAUCACCUUUAUGUCCACAGUUACCUUAAGUAUGGUUUAUUAGCAGCUCGUGCUGAAAUUUUGAAGGCGUCUGAAGAUUCUGACAAUGCAUGCAUCCCGAAAGGCUAUGAUGGUAUUUACAAAUAUGGAGGAGUGAACUAUAAAGCAUCAGCUACUCCUUCUGGUUCAAGUUUGGAAGGAUGUAGAAGUCUUGCUUUAAAGGCUCUCAAAGUAAAUGAAUCAACAUGUACUCACAUGAAAUGCACAUUUGGGGGAAUAUGGAACGGUGGAGGUGGGGAUGGACAAAAGAAUUUGUUUGUCGCUUCAUUCUUUUUUGACAGGGCUGCUGAGGCUGGUUUUAUUGAUCCUGCUCAACCAGUCGCCACAGUUCAUCCCGGGAAUUUCGAGGAGGCAGCCAAGCGUGCUUGUGAAUUGAAAAUUGAUGACGCAAAAUCCACAUAUCCACGUGUAGAAGAGAGCAAUCUGCCCUACUUAUGCAUGGAUCUUGUGUACCAGUAUACAUUGCUUGUCGACGGAUUCGCUCUUGAACCUUGGCAACAAAUUACAUUAGUGAAGCAGGUCAAAUACCGUGAUUCCCGUGUUGAAGCAGCAUGGCCACUAGGCAGUGCCAUAGAGGCUCUGUCAGUGUCAAAAUGAUGGAAAUUACAACUGAUUUGAGUUGAAUAUGUGGCAUCUGGUUCUUCGGCAUUGGCAAUUUUUUUGUCUACUAGAUCUGCUGAGUUUAUAACGGCGUUAGAAAUUACCGGCAAAUUUGAAAUUGGAUUAUUACAUCAAAAUAAUGAAAAAAGAAAAAAAGAAAUAGCUCCAUUUACAUCUUCAUUUGUAAUUAUGUUACAAAAUGUUCUGAUUUUUGAUUUUUGAGAGAAUCAUUCAAUUCAAUUAUUAGUUCAUUU